AGCAUGAUGAACUCCGACAAUUCCUUUCCAAUGCUGUACGUCAGGGGAAGCAACUACGAUGUGGGAUUCAGUAUCGGAGGCACAUUCAGCAACCGAAUCAAGAUGUACAUUAACGAAUCUAAAGGAAUGAACGAAACAAUGAUUCCAUUUUACAAUUCGCCAACAGGUCGCGCCGUUUUUGACUUAACACUACGUAAAACAGAAGACAACUUUCCCCAGUACGUCGAUGAGAUCAAAGGCACGGCGCAGGGUGUAGGCCUGCCGUUUGAACGGCUGUUUUUACUCAACAUGGAACGAGACAUCGUCGACGGCCAUGGCUGCAGCACUGUGCUCAUCAACAACCCAGAUGUAAAGCUGAUGGGCCACAACGAAGAUAGCAACCCAGUGGUUCAACACCACGGAUACAUGGUAAAUGUGGCAAUCGAGAACCAGGCUGGCAGAGUGGAGGAACAGUUUAUGGGAAUGUGCUACCCUGGAAAACUUCCUGGAAACACUAUCUUCAUCAACCAUCAUGGACUCGUGAUGGCCAUAAACAACAUCCGUAUCAAUGAUCCCCUGACGACGACACCAAGUCAGAUUGUGCUGCGAGCCAUGAUGGCGGCAAAAUAUCUCGACGAUCUUGUCACUAUCUUGACGAACAAAGGUAUCGGAUGUGCGGCCGGCAUGGCGGUGAAUGUGUGGUCGCUGAAUAACCUUGACACGCCGUCGGUGAUUGAACUCUGUCCCAGCGACACGAAGUCGAGCUGUCACGUGAUCAAGAUCGAGGAGCCGAGCUACUACCACUUGAAUAUGUACAGAUACCGAGGAGAGGAACUGCUGCCCAAAACGUGUUCCGUGAGGCGCACAGAAAGAUUAAAGGAACUGUCGCCUACCCGGUGUUUCGCCGAUAUCCGAGACAUCCUGGGCGAUACGGAGGUGAAGGAUUACCCUCUGUAUCGGUUACCGAGUCCAACAGACAACACGCAACGAUUCGUACUAACAUCGUUGACAUGCUGAACAAAGAGCUGGUGGUGUAUCGAGGAAACCCCAAGACUUCCAGGCCACUGAUACGUAUGCCCCUAACACUGUUCUAAACAUAGAACAGCAGCAGCAUUAGUAGUAGUAGCAAUAACAGCAAUAAUAACAAUAACAGUAGCAGCAGCAGCAACAACAAUAGUAGAAAACUACUGUGCUUCCAGACAAUCUGACCCAUCUUUUGUUAAUAUUUUAAAGACACUACGGGUAUAUUAGUUCACAGAGACGAAGAUGGGGUUUUUUGUUUUGACUACAUAAACAUAACAUUGGCCACCGAAAUCCACUUCGGGCUAUCAGACACCCAAAGCCGGUUAUUCAAUGGUCUGCUAGAGUUUUCCACAUGUAAAUUUGAUCUACAAUGCCUGAGAGAGAAAUAUAACAAAAAUAAAAUACUAAAGUAGUGUCGGAAUUAGAAUAA